AUGGAGAGACACCGUCCACAGACGCGGGUCCAGUUCCCUUGCAAUAAUUGCAUCAAAACUCAAGCGGAUUGCGAGCCAGCCAUGUUGGCCCCGCGCCGAAGACGCCGCAAAAUCCCGCCGCCAGAGUUGGUGGAUCAGCUACGCGUCUACGAGAGCCUGCUUCGGGCGAAUAAUAUCAAAUUCGAUCACCUGCGCAAAUAUAGAAUUCCAGGUGAUGAUUUCCCAGUUGUGGAGGAUGCAGAUUACUUAUAUCAGGAGAAUGAGCGUCUGAACAACGCGAACCCUGCAGCAAGAGCACAUUCGGAAACAGUUUACGAGGCAAAGCUUUGUCAUCUUUUUAUUGAAAACGUCAAUCCUCUCUUGCAAGUCGUACAUGCUCCCAGUCUCCAGAGUUGCAUCAUAGAGGCGGCGGACAACAUACCGAACAUUGAACCAAACUUUGAAGCGCUCAUGUUUGGCAUCUACAGCAUGGCUGUGGUAAGUUUGACAAAUGAAGACUGUAUUAAAUUAUUUGGCACGCCAAGGAGCAUUCUUCUCCAGCAGUAUCAUCGUGGCUCCCAAGAAGCCCUUCUCAACGCUCGCUUUCUCAGGACAGAUAAUCGCAAUUGUUUAACCGCUUUGUUUCUCCAUCUGCUCUCAAUAAGACCAAAAAUGGAUCCUCGUUCUGUUUCGUCCAUGCUUGGAAUUGCACUACGCACGGCACAGCGCCUGGGGCUUGAUAAUGAACCGGACUUGGCCAAGUACGACAUUGUUGAGGCCGAGAUGCGUCGACGCCUCUGGUGGGCUUUAGUUCUAUUCGACACCCGCAUUUGCGAAUUGAUUGACACUAAGAAGACUUCGCUGACUCCCACGUGGGAUUGCCGCAUACCUCUCAAUGUCAAUGACUCUGAGCUCCGAGCCGGACUGAGAGAUGGCCCUAGAACUCAAACAGGGAUCAGCGACUCCAUUUUCGUCGUCGUGCGUGGCAUGAUUGCAGAUUUCAUCAGACACUCUUCUUUCUAUCUUAACUUUACCAACCCGGCCAUGAACGCUACAACGAAGAAUUUUAGCACCAAGUCUGAUGUCAAGGGUGGUGAGGUUGACACCCUCGAAAAAGAGCUGGAGAAAAAAUAUCUGCAGCUCUGCAAUCCAGAGAUCCCGCUACAGUUUAUGACCAUAUGGACUGCACGGGGCUAUAUCGCGAGAUAUCGCAUCAUAGAGCGGCUUUCAACACUGGACGGUCCAGUUGGAGAAACCCAGCGUGACGCUCUAGGCCUAAUGGCGGUGGACAUGAUUGCUUGUGAUAGUAGAAUCAUGACGUCGUCUAUCGUGAAAGACUUUCUCUGGCUGAUUCAAAUGUAUCAUUUCCCAUUUACUGCAUAUAUACAGCUUUUGCAAGACCUGAAACGGCGCCCUACAAGCAGCAUUGCGGCGCAGGCUUGGUCGAAAAUCGACGAGAAUUUUACAGCUCGCCUCCUUUUUCAAGAAAAUGCAAAAAGCCCUUUCUACCAAAUGGUAUCCAAAAUGAUACUUGAGUCCUGGGAUGCCCGACAAGUGAUACCAAACGACCAAGUUGGGCUUGUGACAACACCGGGCAUAGUGUCAUAUCUUAAAAACAACACUAACUUACACCAAACAGAGAAUCCGAAAUCUGUUGACAAUAUACCCAUAUCAACGGCAAAUUUUACCAGCUUGAACAACACUACGGCGGAAAAUCUUCCUCUUAAGAUGCUAGAGAUGGGUUUCGACGAUAUAUACACAUAUUCUUUCAUGGAACUCGACCCUAAUCAGAUACAGUGGCUGAGUAAAGAUUGGGAUUAG